CAGUUCGGCGUUCUACCUGUGAACGUUUGCGAAUUCGCGUUUGAAACAAUUUCACGUGACUGCAGACGAUCACACUCUUUUAAUUAGUUAAUUGACUCUUCAGUGUUAAAAUUUGGAACUCAGUUUUUUAGUGUUGAAUUCAAGUGCUUAUGGAUUCUUUUUAAGUGGUGUUUGUUGUGUAUUCUUUUUCCAAACGAUAAGUUGUUUUGGUUAUGCCAUUUGGAACACCCCUCUUAUCGGACUAUUACGUAUACGGGGCUUUGCAGCUACCGAAUUUAGCUACCAUUGGCUUCGAAAAGUUAAAUUGUAACCCUGUAGGCAGCAGGUGGAAGAAAUUUUGAUUGGCGCAGUUGAACUAUAGCUCGACCCGGAGGGGGGGACUUUCAUUAGCGCAGUUGAAGUACACCCACUAAAAGUGCUUAGGAGAGGUGCGUCAUGCCCGGCGUUACGAACGGCGAGAAAUGGAGCAGUAGGGAUUCUCCUCCCAGUGGCUUCGAUACUAUUUCGAGCGACAUGACGCCACAGAGAAGGCACGAUGUGAAAACGAACUCCGUUUCUAAUGGUUACAGCCCAGAUCUGAUCUCCGAUUCAGACGAUAAUUAUCCUACUUACCUGUUGGAGCAUCUGGCAACAUUUUCUGUGGGACCCCUGUACGGUAUAACUACUCCCAAAGAUGGCCUCCGACGGCUUCUACAGAUGGAAAAAUCCAGUGGCAUUUGGACACAAAAGAUGCAAAUGCGAUUAGAAAAAAAAUGGGUGGUCAUCAUUGACAACGAAAAUGGAGAUGUGGUGGAAAGGUUUCCUAUGAGCUUGAUCAGCGAACCUACAUCCUACACCAGCAACGAUCCUCGAGAACUGUACAAUAAUAUUGUUGUUUUUAUCGUAAAGGACGACCCGAAGAACAAAAAUCACAAUCCUCCCGAAAUGCACAUUUUCCAGUGUGCUCGUGUGUCGGCUCAAGAAGUUGUUAAUGAAAUGAAAAUGUUUAUUAGUGGAAAAUGGAAGCCAGGUCCUAAAGAGAACGGACAUCAUCUUCCACCUCCCCCUGCCAACCCACCUCCAGAGCCCCCCAUAAACGGAGUCAGUGUCAGGGAACAAGUCAAUUUGUUUAAUGCUGUAGCAGCUGCUGCAGCUUCUCCUCCUAAAGGAGAUGGAAUUAUUCAAAGGGUUUCAUCUUCCGGGUAUCAUUCCAAAAUGGAAACUAUGCAUAAUAGGUUAGAAAGAGAUACGAGUUAUGGAAGAGAUUCAAAUGAUGAGACGAGUUCCACUAGUAGUGAGAAAUACGAACGAGAUGUGGCAAUUUUAAACCAUUGCUUCGAUGACAUUGAAAGAUUCAUAGCCAGGCUACAGCAUGCUGCCGCGGCCUUUAAAGAACUUGAGAGGCGCCAGAAGAGUCGAAAAAAUAAGAAGAAAGAUAUGGGUGAUGGAAUGCUCAGCAUCCGUGCUAAACCUCCGUUAGAGCGGGAAUUUGUUGAUAUUCUUCAGAAGUUCAAAUUAUCUUUUAACCUCUUGGCAAAACUGAAAAGUCACAUACAUGAUCCCAAUGCUCCAGAACUCGUCCACUUUCUUUUCACGCCUUUGGCACUGAUUGUGGAUGCAGCCAAGGACUCCAACUACAGCUCGACACUGGCCUCUCGCGUUUUGGCCCCCCUUCUGACGAGAGACGCCAUCGAGCUGCUCAUGAAUUGUUGCACGUCUAAAGAAAGCGACUUGUGGCACAGUCUCGGAGAUUCAUGGAUAACGCCCAGAGAUCAGUGGAAGGGUUUCGAAGGUAGCUACCAUCCUGUUUUCUCCGAUGGUUGGGCUCCGGAGAACCCUUUCUCAGAAGAGAGGGAAAGGGCGGAGGCUACGGCUGCAGCUGCAGCAGCUCUGGCGCAGAAGCUUCGCAGAGAAGAGGGUCGUCAUCACGAAGAGGCUGACGUACGCGCCCAAGACUUCAGAGUCUCGUCUCGCCAGGACAGGGAAAGUCGUUAUGGCAGCGAAUACUAUUACAGUGAACGGGGCGAGAAGGACCGACCUGUUUCUCCGGGGCAUUCCGAAGCUCCCCAUUCCAAUUUCGAGAACAGAUUUUACGAUACCCAGCCAAUCGAAGUACCCAGAAGAGAUUUAUAUGAAAGGAACGAUGCAGCGACACCGGUUUCAGAUAGAGAAUUCCACGAUACCAGAGAGAGGGACAUGAGGUCCGAUUUCAGCGCAGAUUCCAUCGACCGCGUCGUGUCCGAUCCUCAGUUACAGUUCGAACACCACCAGAAGCAGUUCCUGGAGGAGCUGAGACAAAAAGGAGCACACGUGGUCCAAGUCAUGUAUCCUAGGACGGCUAACAACGACAAGGAACUGACAGUCCUCAGAGGCGAAUACUUAGAGGUGUUAGAUGACAGCCGAAAAUGGUGGAAGGCCAAGAAUUCCAAAGGACAGGUUGCCCAUGUUCCACAUACCAUAGUGGGUCCUGUCAGCGAUGAAGACGAAUUUCAUAAUCCAAUUUAUUCCGUCCGAACAAAUGGCUCCUAUGCUAAUAGCGAAGCCAUCGUGACAAAGCCGGCCAGCGAAAAUGGGCACAAAGAGCCAACUUCGCCUCACAGACCAACACCAGUCAUACCGAUUCAACCGGCACCGGCCGAUUGGGUCAGGCGAGAAAGACAGGGCAAAAAAGGUGAAUUUCGUUAUUUCUGAAGAUAUUGUCCUACACAUGGAUGUGCAAUCUUAGAUAACCAGAACCUUCAUCCCUUCAUGCAUAGCAAUUUCUUGGGCCUUAGCCAAUUGAAUAACACCGAAUAAAACCUUGUAGUGGCAUUGCAGUCAAUGUUGAAUUGAGUUGAACUGUUUGCAACCUCCUUUCCAUCUACAGUAGAAGCAAAACUGUGCUUAAAAAAAGAUUUUUUUUGCUUAGAUAUUGCUCAUUUAGCUGAUGUGUUCUAAAUGUCACUUAAUUUUUGAAGAUCCAGAUCAAAUAUUUCUUUGAAACGUUUCUUUUGUUCAAAGUUGUGGCCAGAUGUAUGAACAAUAUAGAAAUAUGUGUUAUUUGAAAUAUUCUUUAACAAGACGUUUGCAGUAUCAACUGCAAAUGAACUUAUGGAAUGUCAAAUGUGAAGUCUGUGGAGAUGAGAGCAGCAGAUCUUCUGAAUGUGCACUAUUGCUCAUAUCUCGAUGCUUAGUAGAUUAAAACAAAAGAGUGGCCAUAAAUUCUUCCACAUUACAAAAGUUUACUGGGAAAUAUCUGUUAAGAGUUAAAAAACCUGAACACAGUAAAGGUGCUUAAGUAAAUAUUUUCCAUUUCUGGUAAGCAUCCGCUGAAAAUACAAAGAAUGUUUAAUUUAACUAUAAUUAACUAUAAUAACCACUACAUAUGUGUGUAAUAUUUAGUUUCAUGUUUUGUCUAACCAAACGUCUCUAAUUAGAGUGUCUAAUGCUGCUAUGGCAUUCAAUAAGUAAUUUGCCAAAAAGAGUUCCAAAUGCACAUUAUGUGAUACCAUGGUACCAUGUAAAGUAAGGCACUACAAAGAGUUUCAGCAUACCAAAUAUGCAUUGUUAGUAUUAAUGGCAUCUUGCAAGAUAAGUUGCUAUGAAGAACUCCAACAUGUUUAAAUACACAUUAUGUGGUACUAUGGACAUUGCACAGUAUAAGACGCUGCAAAGAACUCAGCAUGUAUAAAUGCAUAUUACAUAAUACCUUGAGUGCCUUACAAAGUAAGUUGUCACUAAAAGUUCCAGCAUUUCAAAUGCACAUUACAUUUUACCACGAAUAUUAUGCAAAUGGCACUGCAAGAGUUUUAGUAUUCCAGAUAUAUAUUACAUGUGGGCUAUGUGAAAGCUAAGGUACUUCAAAAAGCUUCAGCAUAUUUAAAUAUACAUUACAUGGCAUCUUAGACAUUGCACACGAUAAGAUGCUGCAAAGUGUUAUAGCAUGUCCAAAAAACAUUGUGCUACUGAUUCUGCAUUCCUAAAUGAUGUAAUAAAUAAUACAUGUAAUGAUAAAAUAUCUUUAUUAAAAUGUAAUGAUUAAAAUAUUUAUUACUUAGUGUGAUUUGAAAAUGCUAGAAAAAUCUACACCAUGUUUAGAAACAUAUUUUACCAAGGGUACAAAAUAAAAUUAGAAGGGUUCUCUGACUGGCAUCAUAUCAAUGAGAAAAAAAUUAUAUUUGAUUGCUUUUGUGAUAUUUCUACAGACAUUUUAUGCUUAAUACUCUUUAAUUAAUUUUUGUAAAAUGAGAAAGAUUUUAUGGCCACUCUAUAUUAUGAUUUACAAACAUAACCAUGUAUAAGCUUAUUAUAAAAUGUGGAUUUAGUUAUACCUUAAUGACCUUUUAGUUGCCAUUUUCUUUGUAUAUAUGUUGCUUUAGAGAACAAUCUUUUCUUGAAUCUAUUAUCUAAUGCUUCAAAAUGAUCAAAAUAAUAUAGUUUUAAUAAAAUUGAAGGAUAUAAAUUUAUAUUAUAUGAAAACUUUUCCAAUUUUUUAAAUUGCUUUUAUUUGUAGAAGUUCAAAAUUUUACAAUUUCAAGAACCGUUGUAUAUUCAUUCUAAAUAAUUUUGUAAAGAGAAUUUUUCUAUCUACUUAUAAUUUUGGUAAAUUCUUUUUCCUUUAUUUUAUAAGGGAGGUCCCUGUAAUAUGUGUACUGUUUUGUAAAUAUCUUUAGUGUUAGAUGUACUGCUCUGAUUUUCUAAAUGGAAUGGGCAAAAGUAAUUGUUUCUGAAGAAUUAAAUAUUUUAAUUUUUUUAAAUCUUUUAAAAGUAAUCUUGAAAGAAACUGAAACUGAAAUGUUCAGUUUUUCUUACAGAUUUAUAUGUGUAUAUAUAUACCUCUUCAUAAUACUCAGGAAAGAAUUUUCAAAGCUGUUUUAUCUAUAGAUAUAUUUUCUUUGUUAUUUUUUUUUAUAAAUGUAUAACAGUUUUAUUAGAGAAAGUAGUUAUAAAUUCACACAUUUUUAUAUAAUUAUUUUACAAUGAAAACUUCUUUUUUACUUGAAGAUAUUUUCUUAUGUUGAAAAUAUUGUACUUUUGGGCUGUUCCUGCAAGAUGCCUAGUCCAAAAUACAGCCCUACCACAGCAUUUAUCAGUUUUAUAUUAAUGAAUGGUAGUUUGGUAAAGUAAUUUUUACAGUAAACAAAAGUAAUUGCUAAAAUUAUAGUGUGUGCAAAUCACAGGGUGGAUGAGUUUUUGAUUAAUAAACAAAGGAAUAUUCUUUUCAUUAUACAGUUAAAAAUUUGGUAAAUUUCCCAGUUAAAAGAUAUUUUUCAACCUUUUUCAUAUAAAUGCUUUAGCUGUAGAAAAACCGAGCAUAACGUAACUAUUAUUAACAAUUAUAAUAUUUAACAUAAUUAUUAGAUGUUUUGCUAUUAUUAUAUCAGCAUUUUAAAAUCAAACUUAAAACAAAAUAAAGAACAAAAUGACACAUGGUAAGGUUAUAAUUUGUA